AUGGAUAAGACAAAUAGUCCAGGCAAAAAAGACAAUCGGUCUAGUGCAUCUCCUCAAAUACCGAAAAAACGGUCUAGAGUCCGACAACCAUUGAGUUGUUCAGUUUGCAGGAAAAGAAAACUGAAAUGUGAUCGGGCUCGUCCUUGUGGAACUUGUAUUAAAAAGAGUAUUGUACAUUUAUGUCAUUAUGAAGAUGAUAAUCGACCUCCCAUCAACCAUUUUCUACCCCCUGAACAACAAUUACACCCAACCCACAUUGACAAUAACGGAUAUAUAAUAACCGACCAACCACCGCCAAUACAUUAUCAAGACCCAUACAACAACCACAACCACAACCACCAUUUCCAGCAGCAGCAGCAGCAGCACCACCACAACACUAAUAAUGAUAGCAAUUUUGACCCAUCACUUCUGCAUAUACAAGCAAAUGGACAUAAUCAGUUUCAGCACCAACCAUUAUCAAGUCAUUCACCUCAGGGUAACCAUCAAUAUUUGCCAAUACCGCCACCACCACCGCCACCUCCACAACUGCAACAAUCACAACAUCCUCCUUCUAUUUCUCCAGCGGGGUAUAACUCUCUGAUAAAGAUGUCGCAGGCACAAAUCUCCAUUCCAACGCCACCACCGGCCACAAAAUCAUCUACUUCAACAUCAAAUCACAGUAGUCCAAACAGACCCCCUACUUCAUCAGGGCAAUCUAGUUACCACACCACCACUACCAACAAUUACUCUAAUUUCAAUCCUAGCACAGUUUCUAAUAUAAAUUCUAAACCAAAAUUGAAUUCAAUAAGUUUACCCUUACCACCACCUCCACCACCACCUUCUGUAACGACACCAUCUUUACCUAUGCCAUCCACCACAAAAUCAUCAAUAUCUGGCAUGAGUCUACAUCACGACAACACUUUUGGACAAGUUUCUAUUCCAUCUCCAAUCCCACCAAUAAAUGAAUUGUCACCAUCUUUACUGAGACUAAAAUCAUUAGGUUCAAACUCAGAUGGAGUGUUGUCACCAACUACAAUUGGAGUAAACGAUCUUCUUAAUCCAUCUAGAUCUAAUGGAGGCUAUAAUCAACUGGACAAUACUAUACCACCACCUACACAUGAGAAUUCUAAUCCAACGGCCCAAAGUGUGUUAUCUGAUCAAACAGCUCCAUCAUCGAAAUCCAUUUCGUCACCGCAAGAAAGCGAAUCAUUCUCAUCAAACUCGUUAGUUUCGAUCCCAUUGGGUGCCAAUUCUUCUUUACAAAUUAAUGCACUGGAUACUAUGGAUGUUUUCACUAAUGCGGUAUUUUCUUUACAUUCAACGGGUAAUGAAUGGCAACAACUGGGUACACUUUCUUAUCUUGGGCUAACAAAGAGUGAUCCUUUCAUCACUAUUUUAAGAAAUUUUACAGUACAUUUAUUUAGAAGUGAUGAGUUUUUGAAUGUUAUCAGAAAUGAUGCUACAAGGAAACGAAGAAAUUCUAAUGGGAGUUUAAUAUCAAUCAGAUCUAGUAGAACAGGCGAUGAAAAUUUAUCACCAGUGGCAACAAAGAGACCAAAACUAGACAAUAAUGGUAAUGGAAACGCCAAUGGCAACGGUAACGGCAACAGCAGUGCAUCUUUAAAUACUGUAUCAAUGCCGAUGAACCGAUCAAAUUCUAAUGAUUCCAACUACUUAUCAAAUAAUGCCAAUUUCACUGAUGCAUUUGACAUGAUAUCGGAAAAUGAUAAACCAAGCAACAAUACCCCAUUGGAAACGUUUUCACCUCUGGUACAACAACAAUAUGAAAGUCCCAAGAAAACACCAGGAGAUAUGGCAUUUAUGCAAUCGUUUUAUAAUGGUGGACAAAAAAGACAGGAAUAUUAUAGAUUUGUUGAAGAUGAAGUUUCGAAAAUUUUGCCUGAUAAAACCAAUCUGUUUCAAUUAUUUUGCCGAUACUUUAGGUUUGUUAAUCCAUUUAUACAAAUAGUUGAUGAACAUGCAUUGUUAUUUGAUAUUAAUCCUAUACUCCCGAAAUUUUUGAAAUUUAAUCAUGAAAAAUUUACUGAAGUCAAGAUAAAAAGUGAAAAUGAUUUAAGAACAUUGGGGAUAUUUUUAUUGGUACUCAAACUUGGAUAUCAAACUAUGAUUCAUAACGAUAAUGAACAUAAUAAUUAUAAUGAACAAGAAUUGAGUAUUAUAGAUAGUAUGCAACAAUUGGAUAACCCCACUUUUAACCGAAUUAUCAAUUUGUGUAUUGCUGAUGGAUUAAUCACGGCCAGGUCAUCGUUCAAACUAGUUCAAUUAUUGGCAUUGUUAUAUCAUUAUAAAGGAAUGAGUCCUGAUGAUUCUCAUGGAUUAUCGAGUGCUGAUUCACAAAUUUUGUUGGGGACAAUAAUUAGACAUGCAUUUUCCAUUGGAUUAAACCGAGAUCCCACUCGUUACACCACAUUUGACAAUUUAGCGAAAAAUCAAGUAUUAAUUAAAACUUGGAGACAUCUUUGGUGGUUUUUAGUAGCCACCGAUGCCAUGAGUGCAUUGAAUACUGGUUGUAAUUUGAAUGUAUCGAGUCUUGAUGGGUGUGAUGUUGAAUACCCGCACGUUUCAGAAGAUCCCACGGGUGAAAUGAACAAGAUAUAUGAAGUUUUAGCGAAAAUAUGUGAACAUUAUCGAAAUAUUGUCAAUAAGAUCAAUAAUUUACGACAAAAACCAAAAGUUGUGGAGAUUUUAAAAGAAACUAAUCAAAUGGAAAGAAUUUUUUUCGAUUUUUUCGGUAAAGAUUUUUUCAAAGAUGUGGUUUGUAAACCUGCUAAAGAACCGACUAAUGGGAAUGGAUUUGAAGAAGCUAGUAAAGAACAUAUGGAAAAAGUUGUUAAAGUUUUCAAAUAUUGUUUGUUUAUUCAAUUGAGAACCAAUUUAUCGGGGAUGUAUUAUAAAAUUGCCAUACAUUAUGAAAAUGAAUAUGAUAAAUCCAAGACCCCUUCUAUGAAAGCUGGGAUUGAAUUAUUUAAAAUUUAUAUUAAAAGUGUUGUACAAUUGGUUUAUAUCAUGUCUUAUGUUUUGGAUAAUUCUGUAUAUUUAUUUGGGAAAAAUUUUGAUUAUAUGUUAACGGCAUCGAAUGAAAGAUAUAUGAUUAAGACUCAUUCAUUUUUAACAUCAUUUUUCGUUAGAUUAUUACAUCAAAAAAAGGAACUUUCAUUUAAAGUUUUCAAAGAAAUCAGUUAUAUGUCACGAUUAGAAUGUAUUAAUAAUUUAUUUGAUAUUGUAUUGGAAGAUGUUGAAUUAUUUGUUGGUGAUUUCCGAAGAUUAUCUAAAACAUAUAUCAAUUCUUAUCGAUUAUAUAUUAUUACUUUUAUUGUUUUACGACAAUCAAUUGAUAAUUCUGACGCAUUUUUCGAAAAAGCCGCUAGUGAUCAACUGUUUUUCCAUCAAGGGACCAAUAUGAUUGAAUUUUUUUCACAACAAGAAUUAAAUCAUUUAUGCCGAUUAUGUAGAGAUUGGAGAAAUAUUAAAGAAGCUCAAAAAAAAUAUAAAGAUGCUAAAAAAAAUGCCAUCAAUACUAAAGAUACUGAUGAUAAUGAUAAUGAAGAAGUUGGAUUUGAUCCAUUAAAAGAAUUGGAAAGUAAACUUUUUGGUUCAUCAUUUUUCGAUGAUGAUAAUAUUUUUAGUAAUUUGAAUAAUUUAAGUGAUGAAAUUUUGGAUCCUGUUGCUUGUAAAGAAGAUUUAAUUAGAUUAUUUAAUAUUUAUGGUGAUUUCAAUGAUCUUCUAUAA